AUGAUUUGCUCUUCUCUAUCUAUCUAUCUAUCUAUCUAUCUAUCUAUCUAUCUAUCUAUGUCAUUGUUCUUAUCCAAUUUGCUUUUUCUUUCUAUUUUUUAUCUAUCGCAUAAAUGCAUAUUAUUAACUAUCUGUAUACCGAUAUAUUUUUCUCUCAGUUUGUCUAUCUCUAUCUCAGUCUUUUUCUAUCUAUCUAUCUAUCUAUCUAUCUAUCUAUCUAUCUAUCUAUCUAUCUAUCUAUCUAUCUGCAGUCUUUUCAUAUCUAUCUAUCUAUCUAUCUAUCUAUCUAUCUAUCUGUUUGAUUUUUCUUUCUUUCAUUCUAUCUAUCUAUCUAUCUAUGUCUAUUGGCUAUAUAUCUGUCUUCCUCAUUUUGUUUUCAGCUCCCUGCCUUUUUCUAUCUAUCUAUCUAUCUAUCUAUCUAUCUAUCUAUCUAUCUAUCUAUCUCAGUCUAUUCAUAUCUAUCUAUCUAUCUAUCUAUCUAUCUAUCUAUCUAUCUAUCUAUCUAUCUAUCUAUCUAUCUAUGUUUCUCUAUCUCUCUGUUUUUCUGCCUCAAUCAUUUCUAGCUGUCUGAUUUUUUUCUAUCUAUCUAUGUCUCUUAGUCUAUAUAUCUGUCUGCCUCAUUCCUUUACAGCUGUCUGCCUUUUUCUAUCUAUCCAUCUCACCGUAUUACUGUCUGAGUCUUUAUCUUUCUAUAUGUCGUAUUUUCAUAUUCUUGAUGUCAUCAAUACAAACCUCGAGGUUUAA